AGAAUGGCACUUGUAGGUAGAAUCUCCCGUCAACUCUUCCCAAGACUCUACCCUGUAGUCAGCUCUUCAGCCAGAAACAUCUCCUUCAACCUGAAUGAUCAGCAGACCGAAAUACUAGAAACUACUAGAAAGUUCACUCUGGACGAGGUAGUUCCUACAGCUGCCCACUAUGACGAGACCGGGGAUUAUCCCUGGGAAGUGCUACAGAAAGCUUUUGAUCUAGGCCUCAUGAAUACCACUAUAUCUGAGGACUAUGGAGGGUUGGGUUUGUCCCUAUUGGAAGCUUGUAUCGUACAAGAAGAGAUCGGGUUCGGAUGUACUGGUAUUGCAACAGCGCUCGGUGGAAACAGUCUAGCUGAGUCGCCAGUUAUAAUAGCAGGUAGCCACGAGUUGAAGAAGAAGUACCUGGGAAGAAUGACGGAGGAACUGCUAGUUGCAGCGUACGGUGUGACCGAGCCUUCUGCAGGCUCUGAUGUUGCUUCUACCAGAACUAGCUCUAGAAAAGUUGGUGAUGAUUACGUAAUAAACGGAAGUAAAAUGUGGAUAACCAACUGUGGACACGCAAACUGGUUCUUUGUCUUCACUCGAUCGGACCCCGACCCAAAGUGCCCGGCUGCUAAAGCCUUCACGGCUUUUGUUGUGGACGCAGACUCACCAGGAGUCACUGUCGGGAGGAAGGAAUGGAAUAUGGGACAACGAGCAUCAGACACCAGGGGGGUAACAUUUGACGAGGUGGUGGUGCCAGCUGACAAUGUUGUAGGGGAGCCGGGAGGUGCGUUUAUCAAACUUCCACAAACAAGACAUGGACGUGAGACAUGGGACACUGAAUAA